UGUUAACAAUAGCAUAUUAUCAUUUUGAAUAUUUGUUUGAUUUCUACAAAGAAAAGUUUGUGUGUUUGUUUGUUUUAAUAUUGUCUGAAUGGUUAUGUGAGUACUCUCAGAAUACUUGUUCCUUUUUAUAGGUAAAAAUGGAUGAUUUACAGGAACAAUUGAAUAUGAUGCUAUAUCUAAUUUUGCAACAAUUGUUUUUAGAUAUGGUUGAACUUUGUUUUCAAAUUUUAAUGAUAGUGAGUCAUUCCUCAAUAUGGCUUUAUGAAAAUCAUUGCAUUAAGCAACAACCAAUGGAUAGGGAAGGAUUAAGGGGGGAAUUCCUAGAGUCUAUAAUCAAGAGAGACGAUGUGAUAUGUGUUAAUCAACUUCGGAUGGAUAUUAGAUCAUUCCGUUCAUUGUGUUGUCUCCUUCGUAAUGAAGGUAAAUUGAAAGAAGAUGGACUGGUAUGUGCUGAAGAACAAGUGGCUAUGUUCUUACACAUAUUGGCACAACAUUCUAAGAAUCGUGUAAUUAAUUUUCUAUUUAAACGAUCAGGAGAAACCGUUAGUAGGUAUUUUAAUCUAGUGUUGAAUGGGAUCUUAAGAUUACAUGAAAUACUUCUUAAAGCUCCUGAACCUGUCCCAGAAAAUUGUAAGGAUGAAAGAUGGAAAUUGUUUAAGAAUUGUCUUGGGGCACUAGAUGGAACACAUAUCCAAGUUAAUGUACCAACAGUUGACAAGCCUCUGAUAUCGAAAUAGAAAAGGGGAUAUAUCUACCAAUGUCCUGGGUGUAUGUUCUAGGGAUAUGCAAUUUAUUUAUGUGCUUCCUGGAUGGGAAGGAUCAGCUUCAGACUCGAGGGUAUUGAGGAAUGCUAUUGGUAGGAAGAAUGGGUUAAAUAUGUUCCAACAGGUUAGAGAAAUCAUGCAUAUUUA